UUUUAUUAGUCAUACACGAGACCGUAGGUCAAUUCGUUCCUUAACGAACGACAGCUGCCACCGAUUGCUGUUAUUGUAAUAGUACAGCAAUUGACGGUUUUCCUUAGGGAAAAGUGCGCGUACUUUUUGCACGCCGAUGCUUUGGCGCGUUUAAAAUUUAAUACUGAAAUACGAGAUGAAAAAUGUGCAGAAAUGUACUGGGCUGUGCAGUGGCGUUUUUCUUCCUACUUUUAAUUUGGGGCAUAACGUCGCAAAAGCAAAUAAUCGCCUACGAAGAGUACGUUAUUGAACACGAAAUAUCAAUGGAACACGCCAGAAACGCAGCUUUAGCUAUCGAUCUCAAUUCCAUUGAAACUCCGCCGGGAUGUCAAAAAUGCAGUAAAUCCGAAAUAAAAUACUGCCUAGGAAGCGAUUUUAUAAACGAUCAUUGUUGCUGUGACAAAAGAUACCACGAAGUGCUUCCAUAUAUUCCCCAUACCUGUUAUUUGGGGACGCAACUGUGCAAGCCCAUAGCAGGGGACUGCUUAACAUACAAAACUAUUAGAAAAUGCUGUUGUACGCGGUACUUAAUUAAUAAGUGGAAAUCGAGUGCACCUAGGCUUCAAGGUUCGAUAGAUCUGUGGUUAUUAUUUUUAAUGAUUGUUGUAGUGAGGUGACAUUAUGAUUGUUGACUUUGUAUAUAAAUUAUCUAGAAAAUUGUUACGUAAUUAAUAAGUCGAAUUAAAACAUUUCAAUCUGCA